GUAGAAGUUGGUUUCGCCAUCCCUUUAGCGAGCCAUGUAUUCUCGCGUGCUGAUACAUGCGUGAAAUGGACGCGACGCGACAAUACCCUAUACGAGUGCGACGCGGGAAAUAGCUUCAACGUAGAAUAGCGCCUAUAUGCACAUGUAUGCACGUAAUGAGGGCCAGACACCCCUCCAUCGACUGUCAACAUUUCGACCGUUUCGGCUCUCCGACCUCCGUCAGCCCGAACCGACCUCGUCAACUCCAUCCAUAUUCCUCCACCAGUGUUGACGUUCACAACAAGCGCAACGUCAGAUACGAUUUCCCCCUAGCGCCGUGAAGAUGCCGGCGAUGCACUCUAUAUAUCGACCAUUGAGUCCAUCCGCCAUGUCCGUCGCGUCGUUUCCUUUCGCGGGGCACAUCGGAGUCACCCUACUUAGUCCGCUGCCUUCCAUCCCGGAUGUGUACCUAACGGGAGCGAUGUUCGUGCCGGCUAUGACACCCAAGCUCCCCGCUGGCGCGCCGAGAGCGGAUGAGCCCGCAACACCUGACCGUUCGUCGUCUGAGGGAGCGAUAGCGGGAAUCUCGUUCGGAUGACUGGGACUUCAGUACGCACAGCGCACAGUAUGGGCAGGGAGUAGGGUAUAUGUCGGAAGCAGGAGUAUGUUGUGAUCAAAUAUAGGUAUCGCGUGAUACUCCAGUCCAUUCUUACAGUAUAAUAUCCAGCUUUGCACCUACUCAUCAUCGACUUCCACACACAUGCACCCUUUUCCUGUGUCCUGGCCAUCUCACUAUAGUCUAUCAGUAUGGCCCGUAUACUGUCACGAUGAACCUUUGCCCUUCAGCGCCUUGGAUGAUACUCCGCCUCUAGAUCUUG